GAGUGAAUCCCAGAUCUGUCAGUUGGAGUCCUCGGUUCCUCUGCAGUCGUCGGUCAGCAAUGAGCACGAUUACGCUCGAUUUUCUAAAAGAUCUCCUUAAAGAAGACCACCCUGAUGUAGACAUUCAAGAAUUUGAGGGUGCUCCAGGGACAAAAAGAGGUGAUAACUACACCUCCAUGGUUUAUCGUAUUUCGCUAAAAGGAAUUAAGAAGAAAGAAGACGAAUCCGAAACAUGGGAAGGUUCCAUAAUCUACAAAUGUCUACCAGAGAGCAUUUUAAGAAGAGAAGCAUUCAAAAGUGAUGAGCUCUUUUGCAAUGAAGUGGCAUUUUAUAAUAAAAUCUGGCCAACGUUAGCCAAGUUCCAGUCACAGUGGGAUAAGGUCACCCAUCCAUUUAAAGCUAUACCCAAAUGUUAUUUAGCUCAGAAUGACUUGGUAAUACUAAAAGAUCUGAAAACACUCGGUUUCGUAAUGCCAGACCGAAGGCAAGGCUUGACCAUUGAACAGUGCUACUUCGUUCUUAAACAUCUAUCACAUUUUCACGCAUUAUCGAUGGCGAUGAAAUGCCAUAACCCUGAAGGUUUUUAUGAAUUACUCAACAUACAGGAUGGCAUAUCUGAAGUAUUCUUCGUACCGGAAAACGUGGACUACUAUAGAAGUUACUACACGGAGGCGAUACAGAACGCAAUCGCAAUGGUAGAAGAGGAACUGCGGGAUUCCGAAGACAAGGAAAUGUAUUUAGAGAAGUUCCGUAAGUUCGGCAGCGAGGAGACUUUCUUCCAGACCAUGAUGGAGCUGGCGGCGCCUCGGGAACCCCUCGCCGUCAUCUGUCACGGAGACUGCUGGACUAACAAUCUGCUGUUUCGCUUUGUUAACGGUGAUAUUGCUGAGAUGUACAUGGUGGACUUCCAGCUGGCGCGAUAUGCGUCCCCUGCGCUGGACCUGGUGUAUGUGAUGUACCUGUGCCUGGGCCGCGAGCAGCGCGCCGCACAUCUGCCCUCGCUGCUGGAGUACUACGCUGACGAACUUCACGCCCGCCUCCUGGACAUGAGCGACGACAAUUCCGCCUUCCUCACGACUCUCAACAGGGAUGCAUUGUACGAAAUGGUGCAAGAGGAGUUCAAACGCUGCAGUCGGUUCGGUCUGGGCAUCGCUCUGGACAUGUACCCCAUCAUGACCUGCGACAGUGAUGAAGCUCCGAACCUUUAUCAGGCUAAGGAAAGUGAUGUUUGCUCGUCGCACGAGUGUGUGAAGCCUGUGUGGACAUCUAACGCGGCUUGCAGGAGGAAGAUGACGGAUCUCGUGCAGGAGCUGGUGGACGGAGGACUGCUCUGAACUCUUACGUUAUUUUUGUUGAAUU